AGCGUAAGUCUACAAUCACCUCUGGAGUUUCGUCAACCUUUGACCCCUGGAAAAGGCCGCCAUCUUGAAUUUUCCAUAAAAAACACCUUUAUCACCGGAUUCAAACAUAAACUUGUCGUUUGAAUUUUCAUCGAUCAUCUUGAAACCUUUUCAAUGGCAUGCUGUUGGAAUUAGAAGUUGUAGUUUUUGAACGGCGUGCACGUGGUGAGCUAGCAAAGUGGCGCACUGUUAUAACUCUUAUGUUGCUCAAUGGAAUACUGUGAAAAUUUGAAUGCAUGCAUUCAUGCCUGAAACUGAAUACAUUGAAAAACACUGGGUAUGGACAUAUAAGGAAUCUGGGCGUGUCUAGCACAAAACCACUGUUGCUAAGGACAACAAAAAGUUUACUUUUACCGAUUCGUCUGAAACUAACGUCGAUCUGUUCAUCAUCCCGAGGCGACCAAAACACAAAAUGGUUGCUAUGGAGAUAAAAUCAACAGAUAAGCAGUCAUUUUGAAAAAAGUGGGUUUUUUACCAUCUUAUGACGUAUAGCGAUCGCUAUGCUAGCACUUGUAGCCACAUUAGACUUGUUAGCAUAAUUAGCAUUUUAGGUAAUAUAUUUUUCUGAGAGAGUUGAUGAUGCUGAUCAUAUUGCUAGCACUUUAGCCAAAAUAGCAUAGCUAGCAUACUUAGCAUCAUUAGCAUUUUGAGCAAUGUGUUUUUCUGAGAGAGUUGAUGACGCUGAUUGCUACGCUAGCACUUUUAGCUACGCUAGCACUUUUAGCUACAUUAGCAUAGAUAGCAUAGUUAGAAUAAUUAGAGUAAGCAGUUUUGACUAGACUUGAUCAAAUGUGGCAAGUGAGGGCGGUGAGGGCAGCAGUGGUGCGAAGAGUUGGGCGCGGAAGGCGGGUUGCAUCUGCGGGCCAUACAACGCCGCUUAUGGCUUUAAUUUUACCUGAUGUCACUUUAUUUUAUAUUAGUUUUACUGAAUUUGCAGCAGUUUUUUAGCAGAUGAAAAAUAUUUUUUGUGUAUGUACAUUUUUAUGUUAUUUGUUUAGUUGUCAACCUAAUGAAGCUUUGAUAUCCUCUGAAUUCAUAUGGCCCACAGGUCCACCCCUAUGUACUGCUAUUGACUUUGUUUUCAUGUGUUAAAUAUACCAAAUAUAAACCUCAGGAGGGGAGUAGAGUGGUGAACUGAAAGAAGUUCAUCACUUCAUGAAGUUCAUGGUUUAAGUGUAUUUUUUUAUUUGCAGCCUAUAUUAAUUCAGGCUGCCAAUAACAAUUUGAUUUAGCCUUUUUUUUUCUCUGUCCUGCAGUUGGAGGCUGCUAUGGCAGAUCUUGAUCGAACUGAAUGCCAUACAGCAGCUGAAGAAUGCAUCUCAUCAGAUGGAAACAGGCAAGCCUCAAGCUCUGGUGAAAAAAAGAAAAAGGAUGAACUCAAACAUCAUGGUGGCGAUGAUGAUGGCGAUGAUGAUGGAAACAGGCAAGCCUCAAGCUCUGGUGAAAAAAAGAAAAAGGAUGCACUCAAACAUCAUGGUGGCGAUGAUGAUGGCGAUGAUGAUGGCGAUGAUGAUGGAGACGGGCAGGUCUCAAGCUCUGGUGGACAAAAGAAAAAAGGAGACACCAAAAUGGAAGCACCGAAACAUCAUGGUGGCGAUGACGAUGAUGACGAUGAUGAUGGAGACGGGCAGGCCUCAAGCUCUGGUGGACGAAAGAAGAAAGGAGAAGCCAUAAUGGAAGCACCGAAACAUCGUGGUGGCGAUGAUGAUGACGACGUUGAUGACGAUGAUGAUGGAGACGGGCAGGCCUCAAGCUCUGGUGGACGAAAGAAAAAAGGAGACACCAAAAUGGAAGCACCGAAACAUCGUGGUGGCGAUGAUGAUGACGACGUUGAUGAUGAUGAUGAUGGAGACGGGCAGGCCUCAAGCUCUGGUGGACGAAAGAAAAAAGGAGACACCAAAAUGGAAGCACCGAAACAUCGUGGUGGCGAUGAUGAUGACGACGUUGAUGAUGAUGAUGAUGGAGGCGGGCAGGUCUCAAGCUAUGGUGGACAAAAGAAAAAAAAGUUGAUUUAAAAGAAAAGAGAAUUGCCAAGAGCAAUCAUUAAGAUGCCAUGGAGCCAAGAAGAGAGAACUGCAGUCACACAAAAGAUGGCCGGCUUUAUUGGACUUAGAAGGGUACCAGGAAAAACUGACUGCAGCAUUUGCAUCGAGGAGUCUCCUGAACUAAAAAACAGGUCAUGGAAAGAUAUAAGAUACUUUGUCUACAAUGAAAUCAUUAAAGU